GGAGCCGGGUUGGGCCGCGGCAGCGGGGCCGUCUCCGGCCGCCGUCCCGCCCCUCCCGUCCGGCCUCCGCUGCCGCCGCUGCCGCCGCCGCCGCCACCGCCGGCUGGGGCUUGGUUGAGGCGGACGGUGGGUGCGGGCCGGAGUGUGGCGCCGCGGCCGCCGCUGCGCGAAGGUGCUAGCGGGCAGUCAGAAAAUGGGUAAGAAGAGUCGAGUGAAAACGCAGAAAUCAGGCACUGGUGCUACAGCAAGUGUGUCACCAAAGGAAACCCUGAACCUAACCAGUGAGCUGCUGCAGAAAUGCAGUAGUCCUGCACCUGGCCCAGGAAAAGAAUGGGAAGAAUAUGUGCAGAUCCGGUCUCUAGUUGAGAAAAUACGAAAAAAACAAAAAGGUCUGUCUGUGACUUUUGAUGGAAAAAGAGAAGAUUACUUUCCUGAUCUCAUGAAAUGGGCCUCUGAGAAUGGAGCUUCUGUUGAUGGUUUUGAAAUGGUUAACUUCAAAGAAGAGGGCUUUGGUUUGAGAGCAACAAGAGAUAUCAAGGCAGAAGAAUUAUUUUUGUGGGUUCCACGAAAAUUACUAAUGACCGUUGAAUCUGCUAAAAAUUCAGUGUUGGGGCCCUUAUAUUCUCAAGACCGAAUUCUUCAAGCCAUGGGAAACAUCACUCUGGCCUUUCAUCUGCUGUGUGAGCGAGCCGACCCUAACUCUUUCUGGCAGCCCUACAUUCAGACCCUCCCCAGCGAAUAUGAUACUCCUCUCUACUUUGAAGAAGAUGAAGUUCGGUAUCUUCAGUCAACGCAAGCGGUACACGACGUCUUCAGCCAGUAUAAGAACACGGCUCGGCAGUAUGCCUACUUCUAUAGAGUCAUCCAGACCCAUCCUCAUGCCAACAAACUGCCCUUGAAGGAUUCUUUCACUUACGAGGACUACAGGUGGGCAGUCUCUUCUGUUAUGACUCGACAAAACCAGAUUCCCACGGAGGACGGUUCUCGCGUGACCCUGGCGCUGAUUCCUUUGUGGGACAUGUGCAAUCACACCACCGGCCUGAUCACCACUGGCUACAACCUGGAGGACGACCGCUGCGAGUGUGUGGCUCUGCAGGACUUCCGGGCCGGGGAGCAGAUUUACAUUUUUUAUGGCACUCGGUCAAAUGCAGAGUUUGUGAUCCACAGUGGUUUUUUCUUUGACAAUAAUUCACACGACAGAGUGAAAAUAAAGCUUGGAGUGAGUAAAAGUGACAGGCUCUACGCGAUGAAGGCCGAGGUCUUGGCUCGCGCUGGCAUCCCAACUUCCAGUGUGUUUGCGCUGCAUUUUACGGAGCCGCCCAUCUCUGCCCAACUUCUGGCUUUUCUCCGAGUAUUCUGCAUGACUGAAGAAGAAUUGAAGGACCAUUUGCUGGGAGAUAAUGCUAUCGAUAGAAUCUUCACCUUGGGUAACUCUGAAUAUCCUGUUAGCUGGGACAAUGAGGUCAAACUUUGGACAUUUCUUGAAGAUCGAGCCUUGCUUCUUUUAAAAACGUAUAAAACAACUGUUGAGGAAGACAGGGCCUUCUUGAAGAACAGUGACCUUUCUGUUCGUGCCACAAUGGCCAUCAAGUUACGCUUAGGUGAAAAAGAGAUUUUGGAAAAAGCGGUGAAGAGCGCAGCCAUGAACCGAGAAUACUACCGCAGACAAAUGGAGGAGAAGGCUCCGCUCCCCAAGUACGAGGAGAGCAACCCUGGGCUCUUGGAGAGCGGCGUGGCGGACUCGCGGCUGCCCCUGGUCCUGAGGAACCUGGAGGAGGAGGCUGGUGUGCAGGAGGCCUUGACCCUCCCGGAGGCCGUCAGCAGGGCGAAGGCUGCGGAAAACGGGCUCGUCAAUGGCGAGAACUCUCUCCCCAACGGGACCAGGUCAGAAAAGGAAAAUUUAACUCCGGAGGAAAGUAAAAGAGCGACUGAAGAUGCCAAAGAAUCUUCUUCAGACAGCACUGAGGAAGUGAAAGAGUAGCUCCGAGCUCUGCUGGGGAAUAAGUUUAGAAAAGUUUAUGAACAGUCUAUUUACAUUGCUGUGUUUCCUUGUUCACAUUUUUCUUUCUGCAGAGAGGAAAAUAUGUUUUUGCUGCUUUAUAUAAAAAUGAUUUUUUUUAAGUUAUUUAAAAAAUCUAGCUUCCCUUUUUGAUUAAGAUUGCCAUCUUGCAGAUUCUAGGCAAAACAAGUUAUCAGACCGCGACAUCAAACGGGGAAGAGGUGCCUUGGAAGAUUUUGCAGACCCAUUGUGGGCAAAUGUAUUUUCUUCCUGGGGAAGAAUUCAGUUCCUCUGUCAGCUGUGCUUUUGUGGGUCCGUCAUCUUGACAAGCAGAAUUAAAGCUGCUCUGCCUCUGCCCACGGGACUCGACGGUGGGGCGCUGGGGGGGCAGCUGCACAGCGGAAAACGGGCUGGAGGUUAGGGAACUUGAGAGUCUGGGCAAAAUCUUUUUUUUUUCCUAAAAAAAAUAACACCCUAGUACCAAAAGAAAAGGUAAGGUGGCAACCUUAUUUUUAAUAGUUUUAAAUGUUGAUGAUAAUCCUAAUUAUAUAAAUACACACACACACAUUUAGUGAUUUCUAAAGAUUUGUUUACUUUUUGUGUUUUGUUUUACUGUAUUAAGAGCUUGUCCUUCCUCCUUGAAUCGAAGUAGGACCUGCCUCAUCCUCCUAAUGUUAGUGUCGCCUCUGCUUUUGAAGUGGUGCAUUUGACGUCCAGCGUUGGUAGCGGAGAGUUUGCAAACACACAGCGCCCCCAGCUCUCCGGGGCUGUGUGCACAGUGAGGUGGCUCCCUGACUUUUCUGGUUUUCACAACAAGCUAGAGAUUUUCAAAGCUACACUUUUGAGUAAAAAAGCCUUAUUAAAAGGAACACAUGAUUAAUA